AUGGUUUCUUUCUUCGCUCUCGCUGGCCUGGCUGCCACCGCCCUGGCUGCGCCCGUUAGCCAGUCCGGCUGCACUUUCACCGACGCCAACGCUGCCAUGAAGGGCAAGGCUGGCUGCUCGAACAUUGUCUUGAAGGAUAUCGCUGUCCCCGCUGGAGUCACUCUUGACUUGACUGGCCUCAAGUCGGGUGCUACCGUUACCUUCCAAGGCAAGACUACCUUCGGAUACAAGGAGUGGGCUGGUCCCCUCAUUUCCGUUUCGGGCUCCAAUGUCAACGUCGUCGGCGCCUCCGGUCAUGUGAUUGACUGCGGCGGCCAGCGCUGGUGGGAUUGCAAGGGCAGCAACGGUGGCAAGACGAAGCCCAAGUUCUUCGCUGCCCACUCUCUGCAAAACUCCAACAUUCGCGGCCUUAACGUGCUCAACACCCCAGUUCAGGCCUUCUCCAUCAACACCUGCACCAACCUCGGCAUCUACGAUGUCAAGAUUGACGACUCUGCCGGCGACGGCGGUUCCCAGUGCGGCCACAACACCGACGGCUUCGACGUUGGUUCUUCCAACGGCAUCUACAUCUCUGGUUGCACUGUCAAGAACCAGGAUGACUGCCUUGCUAUCAACUCCGGUACCAACAUCACUUUCGUCGACGGCACUUGCAUUGGCGGUCACGGUCUCUCCAUCGGAUCCGUUGGUGGACGCUCCAACAACGUCGUCAAGACCGUUCGCAUCCUCAACUCCAAGAUUAUCGACUCGGACAACGGCGUCAGAAUCAAGACCGUUGCUGGUGCGACUGGCGCUGUUUCGGACGUUGUCUACUCCGGUAUUACCAUGACUGGUAUCAACAAGUACGGCGUCAUCAUUCAGCAGGACUACAAGAACGGAUCUCCUACCGGCAAGCCCACCAGCGGUGUCCCCAUUACCGAUCUUACCGUCAGCAAGAUUACUGGUAACAUCAAGUCUUCCGGUACUGACGUUCAGGUUCUUUGCGGAUCCGGCGCUUGCCGCAACUGGAAGUGGGAGGGAGUCAACGUUUCCGGUGGUCAGAAGGCAGCCAAGGCUCUCAACGUCCCGCAGAGUGCGGUCCAGAGCGUCAACACCAAGUUGUAA